AUGCGAUUCUGGUUGUGUUUUACUAACACAUCCGUGGAAUACAGUGAUUGGGUUCACGACAAAUAUGAAGACGACCGAGACACACGCCCUUCCCGUGGUGGACGACGGGCCCGCGUAGACCGAUACACCCCGUCGCCGGACCGUGGCGCGUCUGCGGGAACCAGACUUCGCAUUGAGAAUCUCCACUACGAUAUCACAGAGACCGACCUUGAGGAGUUAUUCUGCCGAAUCGGAUCCAUCUCGAACGUGUCCCUUGUCUACGACCGGGCUGGACGCUCCGAAGGUGUCGCCUACGUUACAUACAACCGCCACAGCGAUGCGAGAACCGCGAUAGAAGAAUUCGACGGCGCUAACGCCAAGGGACAACCCAUUCGUAUCUCAAUUACUUCCUCCGGCCCGCGACGAGACCGAAAUCCUUUUGAAAGCGUUGCGAAACCAAGGGGCAGCCUCUUUGAUCGCGUCGAAAGACCCCGCGAUGCCCGCAGUUUAAGCCCCGAAAGCCGAAGCGAAAGCGCCGAGGGUGCCGGACGCCGUCGUCGCGGUCGUCGCGGACCUGGUGGCGGAAGCUACCGCCGCAGCGACGUCUCUAAGCCCGCCCCCGACCACAUCGACCGCUACAUCCCAGGCCAACAACCCUCCGGGCGCCGUGGAGGCGGCGGAGGACGACGACAGGGUGGUGAGAACAGGGGAGAAGGCCGUCGUGGUGGCAACCCGCGACCCAAAAAGACACAGGAGCAGCUCGACCAGGAGAUGGAAGAUUACUGGGGUAGUAAUGCCGGUACGACCGAACAAGCCGCUGCGCCGGAACAGACGGCUGCGGAACCUGCGCCUGCGACUAUUGCUGCUGUGCCUGCCGCCGCGGCACCGGCCGGUGAUGAUGAUAUCGAUAUGAUUGAAUAG